AUGGAGUCCUCUCUAUCUACGCAACUGGACCGCGUCUCCCUCUCCAAUCGCAACGUUUUCCCUCUUCUAUAUCUCCCCGUGGAAGUUAUCUGCAGCAUCUUAGCCAUAUGCGCCGGAUCUGAGCCACCAUCCCCGAGAUCUCUGGGAUGGAUACGAUUGGGCCAAGUUUGCUCUACUCUGCGCCAGAUCCUCCUUGAUAUGGGUCAUCUAUGGGCAUCGGCCGCAUUCCAACUUCCUGCGGGAAGCUAUGAACUCGUGAAACGCUCUCAGGACCUACCUCUAGCCAUAGAUCUACUUGAUGAACCAUUCCACUUCCGCGCCGGUCGAUCUCACUUAUCGUCGAGUCACAGGCCGUAUCUAUUCUCUCAGCCGUUCUUGCGGUUCCUGACGGGGAAUCUUACCAGGGCGCGAUCUCUUGCCCUUCCUCCCAUGGUCCUCAAUGCAUCUAUAGAUGUACUGAAGACCAAAGAACUCCCCUACCUAGAGAGGGCCACACUUGUCCACUAUAGCGAGGAUGCCUCUUUUCCCCGAUGUGCGCUCGCAAGAUCGCCCCGACUUCGGCACCUGACGACGCACAACUGCAUAAUCAACUGUGAUUACGGGAACCUCGAAUCACUCAACCUGCGAUUCCAGGUAGAGCGCCAGUGGGGGAUGCAUACCACUUUCGAUUCAUCCGGUCUAAUCCGGGCCGUUGGGCUGGCGAACAAUCUACGCAGACUCACUAUCAGUGGAAGUUUCACGCCAAUUGCGGCCGCGACCACUCCGUCGGCUUUGCCGCAUCUCGAGGACUUGCACCUUAGUGCCUCAUAUGAAUUUUGUUCGACUCUGUGGAAUGCUCUCUCCAUUCCCACAAGAGCACGUAUUGCCAUGCACUUAGGUGGUGGAGCACCCAGUAACUGGGGACACAGUGUGACCUUAGAUGAAGCCGCUAUGCGACUCAGACUCGACUUCACCAGUUUUGUCGCCCGUCAUUUCGGCCAAUCCGCCGACAUUUCGCAAGUGAACGGCAUUCGACUUGACUGCAGCAAAGUCCUGCGUAUUCUACUGUUUGUGUCCCAACCGGGAGCAGUAAUGCGCAAGCUGCAAGGCCCAUUUCGACAUGAUCAUGGCCUCAUCCUCGACGUACGCAUGGCGCAGAUGGACAGCCUUCUGAACUUGACCGCGGCCGCCCCUCUUGCCUGUCUUGAUCAAGUCAGCGAGCAGCUCUCGCUCUCGUACCCUGUCACCCUCGAGCUAUGUAGGCUGGGCAGGUACUCCACCACGCACUGGCGCCAUGGCUUGCUUCAUCUCGCCGCUGUGCAAACCCUCAUCCUGGAUGAGUUCCCUCCGCGCGACGAACUAUGGGACGCCGUCUGUCCCAGUACAUCAUAUCCCUCCGAGAGAUCUCUCCUUCUUCCUCGACUCCAAACCAUCCAUUUCACCAGCGGAAAGCCACCGCGCCACGGGUCAAACUUGGGGUCGGACCACUCGGAUGAUGAUUCCUUGCCGGAGCUUGAGACGGUCACGGAGACGGAAAGUAUGGAUGACUACCUGCAGGGUGACGAUCGCCUGCGCACGCGCUUCGGAUACGCGAAUGGAGAGUUGGGAGGUGUGCACGAUGGGGAUACGAGUGCUGGUGCCGAUCUUGAUGUCAACCCCGCCAUCGGCCAUCAACCCGGCAACUACCCUCGUCCGGUGCGUCUUCCGCCGUGGCAAAAUUUCUUGGACGGCCUGAAGCGCCGUGUUGAACAAGGCCACGGUCUGCAAAGGGUUGUGCUUGGUUCAUCGUUCAGAACAGUCUUAAGCGAGCUUGCAGUGCGGCAGUUGAAAGAUGACCUUCUAUUGAAAGCAGUGGUAUCGGAGGUAGUAGAGGUACCCUUCGAGCUGGAUGUGCCGUGA